UUUCAAAAUAGAUACGACAUACGCGCGUCAUCAAAACACUGUGUACAUAUAUAUAAAUUUAUACCCAGUGUUCAAUUCUGAAUGUGUUUGAGUGUGAUUUUUAUAUAAAAAAAAAACUUUCUCUUCGUGGUUUUUUUUUGUUUUCAAACAAUAAAUCAAAAUGAGUGCAAGAGUUUUUAAUCCCGUUAUAAUGACUGAAUUAACACGAUUACGUUCAUCGGGUUCAAUAGAUCGUAUGACACAAUCAUCACAUUCACCAAGUAUAUCAGCAAUAGCACGGGUACGUCGUGAUUUAUUUGGACCCGUUGAUCAUGAAGAAACACGCAAAUUUGUUGAACAAGAAUUGGCAUCACAACAAUUUCGUGAUUCAGAUCGUUGGGGCUAUGAUUUUUUACGUGAUAUGCCAAAAAUUGGACAUAGUAAAUAUACUUGGGAACGUAUUUCAUCUGAUAAAGUACCUGAUGUGUAUACUGGUUCACGGGCACGUGUUUUACAUCGUCCCAUACCACAAACUCCUGUUAAAUCAUCGACAGUAUCAUUUUUACCACCCUCAAUAACUCAUCGAACGUCUUCGAAUGAGCAUUUAUUUUCACAUAUUGGUGCCUCACCGGCUUUUACAGUUACUGAUAUACUAAAUAAUGUGGAUAAUCAGAUGAUUGUGGAAGCAGAAACAACUCCCUUAACAGAAAAACAAAAAGUUGACAAACAAACAGAGACUGUUGUUAAUUCGAAAUCACAUGUCACCACCACAAAACAAACAUCGAAAAUAACAGUUGCAACGACAGUUAAAACUCAAUCCAGAAUCACAGAUUUCAUGAAAAGUCGUAAACGUCCAUCUUCAUCAAUAUCCACCCCACCAUCUGUAUCCAAAAAAUUACUGGAUGCAAGUACAUCAUCCCCGACAUUGGAAUCACCAUCACCAAUGAAAAUUGCACGUCGAAUACAUUUAAGUUAAAAUCAAUAAUUAACUUAACAAAACAUAAAGAGAAAAUUUAAUAUAUAAUUUUGUUUUUGUUAACAAUAUAAAUAUAAAAUCC